UAGUUAGUAGUGUGGCGUGAUAGGCCGAACUAAGAAAAAUUAUUUACAGAUGGAUAUAACUGUUGUUGGUAGUUGUAUGACAGAUUUAGUUAGCUAUGUUCCAAGAUUACCUGUUCCUGGAGAGACACUUCAUGGCCAUAAGUUCAACAUAGGCUUCGGUGGAAAAGGAGCUAAUCAAUGCAUUGCUGCCAGUAGACUAGGCUCCAAAACAGCAAUGGUUGCUAAAGUGGGUUGUGACACGUUUGGUCAAAACUAUUUGAAUAAUUUCAAGCAGAAUGGAAUAAUUUCUGAUUAUGUCACAACGACAUCAGACGCCAUGACCGGAGCAGCACCCAUAUUUGUUGAUGAUAAAGGCCAAAAUUCAAUUGUGAUAGUAGCUGGAGCUAAUUUGAAAUUAUCAGUUCAUGAUAUAAAUGCAGCUAAAGAUAUAAUAAUUGGUAGUAAAGUUUUAAUAACUCAAUUGGAAAUAAAGAGAGAUGUCACCUUGGAGGCUAUGAAAAUAGCUAAACAAGCCAAAGUAAUAUUGUUGCAGAAGUUAUCGCUAGAGAUGAAUAUUAGAGAUGAUGAAAUUUUAUUAGACAAAGACCACAUUGGUCUAUUGGUAACAACGAUAUUCAAUCCUGCUCCUGCUGUUGAAUAUCUUCAACCUGAAUUCUACACUUUAAGUGACUACUUUUGCCCAAACGAAACUGAGACGGAGAUAUUAACUGGAAUAAAAGCAAUUGAUAGGGAAAGCAUACAAGCAGCUUGUAAUGCUCUUCUUGAUAAAGGUUGUAAAAAUGUCAUCUUGACUAUGGGAGAUCAAGGAGCAGCUUUUUGCAGUCAAAAUAAUAGAACUGUUGAAAAUGUUACUGUUGAAAAAGUUAAAGUUGUUGAUACUACUGGCGCUGGAGACUCUUUUAUAGGCUCUUUGGCUUUUUAUUUGUCAAAUAUGCCUCAUUUGAGCUUGUCUGAAAUUGUUAAAAGAUGCUGCAGAAUUGCUUCAGUUAGUGUUACUGCAGAGGGAACUCAAACAAGCUUUCCAAAACAAGAGAACCUUGAAAAGGAACUUUUCGAUUGA